AUGCAGCGUACUAACUUAAGAAUUAUAUUUUGCGCUUUUUCAAUAUUCGUUUUGCAAAGUUCUGCUAAUAUUGAACCAAAAACUGAUCCAAAUAUCCUGGAAGACGCUAAACUGGAUACAUUCUCCCUCAUAAGGAAGUAUGGAUAUCCAUGUGAAAUACACCGCAUAUACACUGAAGAUAAGUACAUAUUGGAAGUCCACAGAGUCCCUCACGGUCGUAACGAGACUAGUGGAGGGAAGAGACCCGUAGUGUUUCUGCAGCAUGGAUUACUGUCUUCGUCUGCUGAGUGGGUGCUUAUGAGUCCAGGAAAGGGACUUGCUUACAUUCUAGCAGACUCCGGCUACGAUGUGUGGAUGGGCAAUGCCCGAGGGAACACCUAUUCACGAAACCACGUUUCUUUAAAACCUACAUCAUCCGCUUUUUGGAAAUUCAGUUGGCACGAGAUCGGUUACUAUGACCUUCCAGCUAUGAUAGACUAUACUUUAGCCGAAACUGGGGAACAAAAGAUACAAUAUAUAGGAUUUUCACAAGGUACCACUGUAUUCUGGGUGAUGACAUCGAUGAGGACAGAGUAUAACGACAAAAUAGUUGCUAUGCACGGGUUAGCUCCUAUUGCUUUUGUUGGGAAUAUAAGGAGUCCGCUUAUAAAAGCUCUUGCUCCGUUCACUAAUUCUUUAGAGCGUAUAUUCAAAAUAUUGGGCCGUAACGAAGUACUGUCAAAUGGAAAGAUCAAUGAAUUGGCUGGACAAUCUUUUUGUAUUGAAGAAGCUGUAACUCAAGUCAUUUGUACAAAUCUAUUGUUCCUAAUUUGCGGCUUUAACGAAGACCAGUUGAAUGCUACGAUGCUGCCAGUGGUGUUAGGCCACACACCAGCUGGUGCCUCAACCCGCCAACUAGUGCAUUUCGGACAGUUGUACAAGUCCAAAAAAUUUGUACAAUUCGAUCACGGCUGGAUUACGAACAAAAAAAUUUACGGUAGUUUCAAACCACCUGCUUAUGACCUUAGUAAUAUACGCACCCCUGUUUUCCUACAUUAUGCGGACAAUGACUGGCUUUCCACACCUCCGGACGUUGAUCAGUUAUCCAGGGAAAUUAAGUCUGUUUUUGGAAAAUUCAGAGUUCCAUUUUCAAAAUUCAAUCACCUAGACUUCGUUUUCGCAAUCGACGCCAAGAAACUAAUCUACGACAGGCUCUUGAACAUAAUGGCACAGUUUAUUUAAAUAAAA